GCAUUGUCGGAAAUGUUAGACUUAAGCGAAUAUGGGGAAGAGCCGACAUUUUCUUCAUGGCGUUGUGUCUUUUCUUCGAACCUGGCAACCCAUAGUCAGUGAACCAGAGUGGCGGUGACGCGCAGACUCGAGCGGCAACAUGGCGGACGAAGUGGAGCAGCCACCCACCACCAGCACGGUGGAGGAGCCUCUGGAUCUGAUCCGACUGAGUCUGGAUGAGAGGAUCUAUGUGAAGAUGAGGAAUGACCGGGAACUUCGGGGGCGCCUGCAUGCAUAUGACCAGCAUCUCAACAUGAUCCUCGGGGAUGUGGAGGAGACGGUGACGACGGUGGAGAUCGACGAGGAGACCUACGAGGAGCUUUAUAAGUCAACAAAGAGGAACAUCCCCAUGCUGUUUGUGAGAGGAGACGGCGUCGUCCUCGUAGCUCCACCUCUCCGCGUAGGCUGACCGGCUCCUCUGGUUCCGACAAUGUGGUUUCCUUUUAAUUUUUUUUUUCAGCAUAAAUCUGUAUGUGUGUAUGAGUCUGUAGUUCAGGAACACGAGAGCAGACGCCAGGGUUUUUGUCGUCUCUAUUUUUAUUUUAAAGACUUAAAAGAUUUUAGUUGGUGAAACCUGAAGGAUUGUAUUUUUUUUUUAGUCUUUAACUUGUCAAUGGAUCAGGAGCAGAUCAGAACCUGCGACAUGUGAAUAUUUGGGUUACUGUCUUUGUCUGGAUGAUGUAUGGUUUUGUACAAGUUGCGCUCUUUCGGUUUGCUUUUGGUAACUUGAUUAAAAAACAUUCAA